AUGUCAACACUGCGUCAUUUGUUGAGGCCGUUGCGCACGGCUUUGUGGGACCUCUGCUUCCCUGACGAAGUCACGGUGUACAUUGAUCCCAUUAUUCGUUUUAUCUUUACGGUUUACCACCUUCCCCCAAUCGCACUUGCCUUGGCGAUCACGCACAGCGAGCUUGAGCGUAUCGUCUGGGUGCUUAUUGUACCUGUUGCACAGGAGAUGGAAAAACAGCCUUAUGAUCCUUCACGUAUGACAACAUUUAUGCUUGGAAUUUAUAAUAUUUUUCUUCGAAUUUGGCCCUACGCGACGCUUGGAGUGGCUGUUGCUACAUUUGGUCACAAGGUUCUUCACUGUUUUGUGGAGACGAUGGUGGAUGCCCACUCUACACACCAGGGCAAGGAUUAUCCGCUGCUUGCGACCCGACUACAAUUUAUCUUGGAAAGCAGGCAAAGGUGUUAUGUCUUUCUUGUUAUUUUAUUUCUCCUUGUCACUGUGGUGCUUUCAGGAUUGCAUACCAGCCUUCUUGUGGCAUGGCCGGCACGUGAGCCUUGGGUAGUUACUAGUGCAUGGUGCAUCAUUGCUUUGCAAACCACCUUUGUAGUAGGCUCUGGACUCAGCCACCAGGAGUUGCCCCCCCAUCUGUUUAGCUGGCGACGCAUUGUGGGAAGCGGAGAAGGCAAACUUGCCACGUUUUUCUGCGAUACUUGGUGGAAAUCAUACGUGCAUUACAUGCGUUACAUUGCUAUUGAGAUGGUUGUCGUAAUUGCCUCCGUAGCCCUCUUCUUUCGUGGUCCUCUGUACGUUCUGUCGUCCUCGGUGGAGCUUGUUAUGUAUCUUAAUAUGCCCCACCUUGUGGGACAUACAGUCUUGUCCACUUCAACUGCCGUCAUUAAUAUGCACCGUUCCUUGCGUUGGUUAAAAAGACAUUCUGACGCCACUCUUCCUGUCAUCUUCCUCAUCCUUCCCUUUCAAUUGUCAUUGCUUCAGGCCAUUUAUUACUUUCGACAUCAUCCGUGGACCGUUGCAUUACUUAUUGGGGUGAAUGUUCUUCUUGUUGCACACAUUAUUGAUCUGGUACGGGAGUUUGAUGUGACAGAGGCGGGAUCUGUGCAUUGGAGGUACGUGGGUAAGGAUGGGCUCAUUUCCCCACGGCUUUCUAUCCUUUUGGAAGAUGCAUAUGAAACCCAAGUGCCCCGGUGGGAAGUGGCAAGCAUUGACCUAUUGAUAGACAUUAAAGCCAUGCAACUCCAUCGUCGUGGGGAGUUGGUGGACAUUGAGCGGCAGCAGAUUGUUGAAUAUGGAAAUGCCCAAAGUUUUAUUUACAAUGGCCUUUUCUAUGCCUAUACCAUUCCGCGAUUCAUUUCUGUACGAAGUUCAAGACUCUUUGGCGGCAUCCAGUUUCGCAGAGUCUACAUGUUGCUUCGCAUGAUAACAACUUGUGGCUUGCUGGCGUUUACAGCCCUUGUGUGUGGUCUGCUUUUUCAGGCGGCCUUUCCUCAGCUGCGCCCGUGGCCGGUUCGGGUCCACGCCGCAGAGGACGGCAAUGCGUUGUCUGUGGACCACAUUGUGGUGCGCAUGCACUUCCUUUCUAGUCAAGCCAAUGUGACACCAAAUUUGCCUCCCACGUCGCCUGUUACAGCGUCUGCCUCUGCCGCAUUUAAGUGGCAGAACACCACCUCCGUGGGUGAGGACUGGUAUCCAUCUUUGUGUGCAAGGACGUUCUACAAUGUUUCUAUCUGGGAAAUCUCACUGCUGGCAUUGACCUCAUAUCUCUUUAACGAUGAUGAGGUGCAUGAGAUGCUAAAUUUUAUGUCGAUGCACAUGGGUAGCGACUGGGUCAUUCGCGAGCGUCACGGUACAGACUGCAUCGCUCUUGAUUCAUCGACGGAGCCAACAGGAUGGGAUGGGUAUUACGAUUUUUAUAGUGCAAAACAUGAGCUCUCUGUCAUUGCAGUUCGUGGAACAGACAUGACGUCAUUCCGGGACUUUCUUAUUGACGUGAAUGUCUUUUUCGAUGUUGUUCUCUAUCAUUUACUGUCAAAUAUUGUUCCAGGAGCCGUCAUUCUGCCUUCAGAGCUCAUUGCCGACCUCAUUCGUCUGGCAUCCCUUCCCGCCACAACAAAGCGAGAGCACGAGACGUGGGAAACGUUGACUGCUAGCCAAAACGCAGGUCCCCGCCUCUGUGAGAAUAAUAACUACCGACGAGAUUUUUUCGUUGACGUUUACAACCAUCUCGCAUUCGUGGGAAGCCAACCAAAUCCGCCGAAGCACGUCCUUCUCACAGGUCACUCCUUGGGCGGUGCGGUUGCCGCUGUCAUUGGGUCGCGGAUGGGCAUUCACACUGUCGGCUUCAGUGCUCCUGGUAUCUCCCUCUCGCGCAAAAAGUUUGACAUUGAGCUCCAGAGCAUUCAUCACUUUGUGACAAGGGUCACCUCCUCACAUGACAUCUUCUCCAUGAUUGGGGGCACGGGAGGGGAGGAGCAUUAUGUCGAGUGCCUGGCAAAGACGCGGGAGCUUUGCCACGCCAUGGAAUUUCUAGUGGGUACGUUGUGGCGAUCAUGUGGCUCCAUUAGGGCUCGUUACCCUUUGAUUCAGUCGGUUAUGUAG